GAGCGCGGGGUCAUGCCGGGCCGGAAGGAGAAGAAGCGGCGGCGCUCCCGCUCCUGCUGCCCUGAGGGAGCGGCGGGCGGCGACAGGAAGCGGCGCAGCGCCGAGUCCGGUCGCGGCGCGCCGGAGGAAGAAAAAUGCAAUGUGCCACCUGGAGAAAAAACAGAAGAAUCCGAGCAACUCAGUGAUGUAGAGGAAGGGGGAUUAGAUCUCAGCGUGUCUCUCAAACCAGUCAGUUUCUACAUUGCAGACAAGAAGGAAAUGCUUCAGCAGUGUUUCUGUGUCAUAGGGGAGAAGAAACUACAGAAGAUGCUGCCUGACAUUUUAAAGAGCUGUUCCAUGGAUGAAAUCAAAAGGCUUUGCUUGGAGCAGCUGGAGAUGUUGUCUGAAAAAAAACUGUUGAAGAUACUUGAAGGCAAGAGUGGAGCUGAUUCUGAUACUGACGAGGAUGGUGAUGGAGAAGACAAGACUGGAGGUGAAUCAGUCAGUCAGCAGGACAACAGCAUAGACUCCACUUCUUCUUUGCGAGAAGACAAGCUGGAAGGUCAGGAAUCAAAACAAGGUAAAGGAGAAGAUAGUGAUGUCCUCAGCAUAAAUGCAGAUGCGUAUGAUAGUGACAUAGAGGGUCCAUGUGAUGAAGAAGGCAGCCCAGAUGUGCAAGAAGACACUGUCAGGAGUGGAGCUGGUCAGAUUGAUGACCUUCAGAAGGACAUUGAGAAAAGUGUGAAUGAGAUACUGGGGUUGGCAGAGUCUUGCCCAAAGGAGUCUAAAGCAGCAAGCUUAGCUGUUCCUCCAUUAGAAGAUGUUCAGCCAUCAGCACAGCAGCUAGAACUCCUUGAGCUUGAAAUGAGGGCCAGAGCUAUUAAGGCUCUAAUGAAGGCUGGUGAUGUAAAAAAACAGCACUAAGAUUGUUUACAAUAAAUUCUCAGUAUCUUUUGAAA